AUGGAACCUGCGCAGCAACCCCAGCAUGGAAGCCGACAGACGCCGGCCCCGAUGAGCGGCAAGGGGGAGCGGCCGGGCAGCGCGGGCCAAGCAGCCGCCGCCGGCUCCGAAAGCUGCAGCGGCAUAGCAGGAGGAAAGGGAGGAGGAGGAGGAGGACCCAGCCCACUGGAAGGCGGCAAAGGAACGACGGCCACGACGGUUUCGGCCGCCGCCACCGCCUCCUCCUCGCCCCCGACGCCGUCUUCCUCCUCGUCCUCCUCUUCGGCUGCUCCGGUGGCCACCGCUGCCGCCUUGGGGACCCGGAGCCUUGAUCGGAAGACCCUCCUUUUGCUGCCCAAGCCGCCUCGGCAACUCCAGCCGCUCCAACCGCCGGAGCGGGACUGGGUGCGGCGGGACCUACAGCGGGGAUGCGUCCAUGUCUACUACUACUAUCAUCAUCACCACCACCACCAUCAGCAGCGGGGGGGCGGCGGCGGCAGCGGUUACUACUUGCUCCCGGUGCUUUGCACCCUGGAGACCACCGCGGCCGAGGUGGCGGCUCGCCUCUUGCAGCUCGGACACCGGGGCGGGGGGAGCAGCGCCGUCCGGGUCUUGGGCAAAGCGGCGGCGACAGGCAGCGCACAGACUCCGCUCCUCCGGGGAGGAGGAGAGGAGGAGGUGGGAAAUGAUUUGGCGCCCGAUCCAGCGGCUGGACCCGGAGACCCCGAGGAGGCCCUGCCCGACUCCACGGACGGCCCGGCCUCCACCGCAGGCAGCCUGACCCCGAUCCCAGCUGGGAGAAGGCCCCGAAGCCGGCGAGGGACCCCCAACGGCUUGGCGGGCGAUGGGGAGGCGGCUCCCCGGCCGGGGCGCCUGGCUCUCAAGGGCGGGGAGCGCCCGAUCCAGCGGCUGGACCCGGAGACCCCGAGGAGGCCCUGCAGCCUGACCCCGAUCCCAGCUGGGAGAAGGCCCCGAAGCCGGCGAGGGACCCCCAACGGCUUGGCGGGCGAUGGGGAGGCGGCUCCCCGGCCGGGGCGCCUGGCUCUCAAGGGCGGGGAGGGGAGANCCCCCACCGAGCUCUACUUGUCCGGCCCGCCGCUCUCCUGCCCGUCCCUCCUGGGGGGCUCCGACACCGAGAGUUUCAGCCCCAGCGCCGAGAGCGCUUCGGACCGGCUGGAUCCCUACAGUGGGGGCGGCGGCUCCUCCUCGUCGUCCUCCGAGGAAUUGGAAGCGGACCCGGCUCCGCCGGCAGCGGCGGGGGAAGAAGAAGAGGAGGAGGAGGAGGAGGAGGAGGAAGGGGCCGGAUCGGGCCCCGCCAGAAGCCAGUGUAGUCGACCAGGCGCCCUCCCUUCAGGACAUGCCGCCCAGCCUCGGGCGGAGAAGGCUUCGAGGGAGUCCCCCGACGGGGGGAAGGCGGCGUUUGGGGGAGAUCCCUCUCCGGCCGGGGAAGCCGCCUCCCCGCCCCAGCCCCCGGCCUUGUACGUCCAGCUCCACGGGGAGACCGCCCGGCGGCUGGAGUCGCACGAGAAGCCCUUGCAGAUCCAAAACGACUACCUCUCCCAGCUGGGCUUCCGGGACCUGUGGCGGGUGCAGGAGGAGGGCAUGGACUCGGAGACGGGCUGCCUCAUACGUUUCUAUGCAGGAAAGCCUCACAGCAUUGGCAACUCUGAACGCAUUCAGCUCUCAGGAAUGUACAACGUUAGAAAAGGGAAAAUGCAUUUGCCGGUCAACAGAUGGACAAGACGCCAAGUUAUCCUAUGUGGAACGUGCCUAAUUGUAUCGUCAGUGAAAGAGAGCCAGACUGGAAAGAUGCAUGUCCUCCCCUUAAUCGGUGGAAAGGUUGAAGAAGUUAAAAAGCACCAGCACUGUUUAGCAUUUAGCUCUUCUGGACCUCAGAGCCAGAGUUACUACAUUUGUUUUGACACUUUCACUGAGUACUUGCGGUGGCUUCGGCAAGCUUCAAAGAUUGCAUCGCAACGCAUAAGCUCAGUGGAUCUCUCGUGUUGCAGCCUGGAGGAUCUGCCUGCCAAUCUUUUCUACAGCCAGGACCUCACACAUCUUAAUUUGAAGCAAAACUUCCUGAGGCUGAACCCUAACUCACCCACAGCUGGAGGACCUAAUGAGCUACAAAGGUUCAGUAAGCUGAGGAGCCUUAACCUUUCUAACAAUCACUUAGGAGACUUCCCAUUGGCCGUUUGCAGCAUUCCAACCUUGACUGAGCUCAACGUGUCCUGCAAUGCACUCAGAAGUAUUCCAGCAGCCCUUGGUGAUAUGAGCAAUUUGCAGACCUUUCUGCUGGAUGGGAACUUCCUUCAGAGCCUUCCUCCUGAAUUGGAAAAGAUGCACCAGCUUAGCUAUCUCGGUCUUUCUUUCAAUGAAUUCAGUGACAUUCCUGAGGUGCUAGAGAAGCUGACUGCGAUGGAUAAACUCUGUAUGUCUGGGAAUUGCAUGGAAACACUCAACUUGCAGGCACUGAAGAGAAUGCCCCACAUGAAACACAUAGAUCUAAGGUUAAAUGUAAUAAGAAGGCUGGUGGCAGAUGAAGUUGACUUCCUACAUCACAUCACCCAGCUUGACCUUCGGGACAAUAAACUAGGCGAACUGGAUGCCACCAUCUUUAAUAAUGUUGAAAUAAUUCACUGUGAAAGAAACCAACUAGUGACCCUCAAAAUCAGUGGAUACUUGCUUAAAGCUCUUUACGCCUCUUCCAAUGAACUUGUUCACCUGGAUGUGUAUCCAGUUCCAAAUUAUCUGACUUAUAUGGAUGUUUCAAGAAACCAUCUCGAGAGCCUGCCUGAGUGGGUUUGCGACAGCCGAAAGUUGGAAGUGUUGGAUCUUGGCCACAAUCAAAUACGGGAACUGCCUGCACGAUUAUUUUGCAACAUCAGUUUGCGGAAAUUGCUUGCUGGACACAAUCAAUUAGCAAGGCUACCAGAGAGGAUUGAACGAACACACGUGGAGGUCCUGGAUGUGCAACACAACCUGCUUACAGAGCUGCCAUCUAAUUUGUUGCUGAAAGCUGACAGCUUGAGGUACCUGAAUGCUUCUGCCAACACACUGGAAAUGCUGCCUCCAGCCACCCUUUCAGAAGAGACCCGCAGCAUUUUACAGGAACUCUAUUUGACAAACAAUCACCUCACGGAUAAAUGUGUGCCCUUGCUAACGGGACAUCCGCACCUCAAAAUCCUGCAUAUGGCCUACAAUCGCCUGCAGAGCUUUCCUGCAAGCAAAAUGGCCAAACUUGAAGAGUUGGAAGAAAUUGAUGUUAGUGGAAAUAAGCUGAAAUCCAUUCCUACCACCAUCAUGAACUGUCGGCGAAUGCAUACUGUGAUUGCACACUCCAAUUGCAUCGAAGUCUUUCCGGAGGUUAUGCAGCUUGGCGAAAUCAAAUGUGUGGACUUGAGCUGUAAUGAGCUGACUGAAGUCACGUUACCGGAAAACUUGCCUCCGAAGUUGCAAGAACUAGACAUAACUGGAAACCCCAGACUUGCCCUGGACCACAAAACCUUGGAGCUAUUAAACAACAUCCGUUGCUUCAAGAUUGACCAGCCUUCGGCCGGGGAUGCAUCAGGAGCACCAGCUGUGUGGAGCCAUGGCUAUACUGAAGCAUCAGGAGUUAAAAACAAGCUAUGCGUGGCAGCUCUUUCGGCCAAUAAUUUCUGUGAAAACAGGGAGGCCCUCUAUGGAGUUUUUGAUGGGGACCGCAACGUGGAAGUACCAUACCUUCUGCAGUGUACCAUGAGUGACAUCUUGGCGGAAGAGCUCCAGAAAACCAAGAGUGAAGAGGAGUACAUGAUCAACACUUUCGUUGUAAUGCAGAGAAAACUCGGAACUGCUGGACAGAAGCUGGGAGGCUCCGCGGUCCUUUGCCAUAUAAAACAUGAUCCGAUAGACCCGGCCGGAUGCUUCACGUUAACCUCUGCAAAUGUGGGGAAGUGCCAAUCCGUUCUCUGCAGGAACGGGAAACCUCUGCCUUUAUCCAGGUCCUACAUGAUGAACUGCGAAGGCGAGCUCAGAAGGAUCAAGCAGCACAAGGCCAUUAUCACAGAAGACGGCAAAGUGAAUGGUGUGACGGAUUCAACAAGGAUCUUGGGGUACACCUUCCUUCACCCGAGUGUGGUUCCUCGCCCCCACGUGCAGUCCAUCACGUUGACCCCUCAGGAUGAAUUCUUCAUCCUGGGCAGCAAAGGCUUGUGGGACAGCCUUUCCUUCGAGGAAGCUGUGGAAGCCGUCAGGAACGUGCCUGAUGCCUUGGGAGCCGCCAAGAAGCUCUGCACCUUGGCCCAGAGUUAUGGCUGUAACGAUAGCCUGAGCGCUGUGGUGGUUCAGCUCAACGUCACCGAAGACAGCUUCUGCUGCUGCGAACUCAACGGCAUGCCUCCUCCCAGCCCAGGCAUCUUCCCCCAGUCUGUCAACGUCGUCAUUAAAGAUAAGCCUUCCGAUGGCCUGGGGAUGCCCUCGUCCAGCAGUGGCAUGGCUUCUGAGAUCAGCAGCGAGAUCUCGACCUCUGAAAUGAGCAGCGAGGUGGGGUCCACGGCCUCUGACGAGCCCCCUCAGGUGACCAUGAAUGAAAACAGCCCUGCCUACCCUAGCGAACAGCGCUGCAUGCUCCACCCGGUUUGCCUCUCCAACUCUUUCCAGCGGCAGCUCUCCAGCGCCACUUUCUCCAGCGCCUUUUCAGACAACGGCCUUGACAGCGACGACGAGGAGCCCAUCGAAGGAGUCUUUUCCAAUGGCAGCAGAGUAGAGGUAGAAGUGGACAUCCACUGUAGCCGAUUGAAGGAGAAGCAGCUCCUCCUGCAGGCCCCGGCAGAAGCCAGCGACGAAGGCAUCGUCAUCAGUGCAAAUGAAGAGGAAGCGUGUCUCCUUAGGAAGGUUGACCCUUCUGCCAUGGGUACCAUUGGGCGCCGACGAGGCAAUGGUUCUGUGGCUCCACAGGAGAGAAGCCAUAACCUGAUAGAAGUUGCCACUGAUGCACCCCUCAGAAAAACUGGGGGCUACUUUGCAGCCCCGGCGCAGCCAGAUCCAGAUGAUCAGUUCAUCAUCCCGCCAGAACUUGAGGAGGAGGUCAAAGAGAUAAUGAAACAACAUCACGAGCAGCAGCAACAACAACAACAACAGCAGCAGCAACAACAACAGCAGCAACAGCAGCAGCAGCAGCAACAGCGGCAAUACCAGAUGGACCAGCUGCCUGAUUAUUAUGACACACCACUAUGACCAAGCUUCCUAAAAUCAAGAGAGACACUGAGAGCUGGAGAGUCCCUUAGCUUUGUAUUACUUUAAUGGGCUUGGGGAAGAAAGGAAGCUUUUGUUUCCCUUUUCUCUUCCAGACCUUUCCCUUCUCCUGAGAACUACAGCUGCUUCUUGUUUGUUAGCUGUAAUAAUCACUUCCCUUCCCUUUUCUAGUGAUGCUUCACCGUUAGAAUUACAUUAGUUUAACUCUGUCUUCUUCCUUAGCAUAUCAAAUGUAAAAAAAAAGUGGAGAAAAAAAAUACAAAAAGUUUAAUAUAUUGCAGAGAAAAACUGAUGAUGACAUUGAUGUAAUAUUUUUUAAAAUCGUCUUUUUCGGGGAUCUGUUUGGAAAACAGGGCAGUGUUGCCAGUGCUAAAUGAUUAAGUAAUAUUGUAAUACUGUAUUUCUUUGAGAGAAAAAAAAAGGCUUUUUUGGUCUUGAAAAUGGAUAGACAUUUGUAGAAUUAUGGAGACUAACUCCUAGGAGUUGCUUUUACUCUUUCAGGUGACUUUAAGUCACUGAGAUUUCACUAAUUUUCUCUGAGAGAACAGCUGAUUGGGAAAUUCCUGUAAAUAACUCAAGUGUUGUAUAGUGAUGCUUCAAAUGUUUUGUAGUCUCUCAGCAGGAGGACGCAACCUGAAAAACUGACAAUUUGUUCCCCAUUGAACCAUCCACCCCAGGUGCUUCUGCAUGCCUAAGCUCCCUCUGGCAGCUUCUGCUGCAGCUGAACCUGGAGAGGGUAGGGAAAUCCUACAGACAUGAUGCUCUCCCAGCGGGUUAGCUGAUUUGAAGUCCAUGGGGCCCUGGUGGACCCACUGUAUACACUAUGCCACCAUGUUCAGUUGACAUCCAGGUUGGCUGGGCCCAAGUCACCGUGGGUGUUUUUGCUCUCGUCAUCAGUUUGCCCCAAUGUGAUUGAUUCUUUGGGCUGGGAGCCAUAUGACAUUAGCCGGAACAACUGAACAAGCUGUGUAGGAAUUAAGGUGGAUAAUGGGCCACAAAUACAUGAGUUACCUUUUUGUUUUGUUUGUUUGUUUCUUCAUCAUUAACUUUUGCAGACACAUUUUUGUGUAUGUUCCUCCCUGCUGCCACAACCAGCAUGAUUGUAUAGAGUUCAUUUACUGUAGAUCAUUUACAUACCAAGAGUUAUAUUAAAGAAGAAUGCACAAAUGAACAUGUCAUUAAUUUUUGUUAUAAUAAAUAUAAAAAUUUACAAAUA